AUGAGUGAGGUGUUUGUUUAUGCACUACUCAGGAAUAUACCGAAUUCGUUCCAUUCCAAAGAUUUACGAAGGUAUUUCGCCGAUUAUGUCGAAAGCAAUAAAUUCAGUUGUUUUCAUUUUCGACAUCGACCCGAAAUCCAGAGAGAAGGUGAUGGACAAAGUGAUGUACUAUCAGAAGCUGACAUCAAAUCACUCAUCGAAUUAAAACCACCUUCACUGAUGCCUCAUGGCAAUAUCGGCACUUCGUCUCAAUUCUUGCGUGAACAAAUCAGAUUGUGUAAACUACCACCGCGACUCAUCUCUAAGUUGGGCAUUCAGUCGAAACGAAGCACUCGUAAAUUCGGAAGUGUUCCUUUUGAUUACGACACGAAUCAGCCAUCUACGUCUGCGCAUCAAGUGAAACGACAAUUGUAUAAGAAGCGUAAGGAGUGUGAUGUAUCAAUAGAACAAAAGGUGAUAGAGCGUGAAGAACCUGAUAAUGAUGAUGGUAGUGAUAAUGACGACGAUCAGUGUGAGGAAUGGGAGAGGCAUGAAGCGAAUUAUGAAGAUGUGACUGAACAAGAAAGGACGAAGCCACGUAAAUAUGAAGAGGAGUUAGAGGUAACAUGGGAAAAAGGUGGUCCAGGACUGGUAUGGUAUACGGAUGUGAACUAUUGGAGGGAUAGGGAAGAGGGGACGGAUUGCGACUGGAAAUGGCACGAUGAUUGGGAUGUUGAUUAUUCAAUUUAUUACGACGAUCGGGGAGGGGACAGGGAUGCGGUACAGUCAUUCCAGAUCAGGGAGGAUCAGAAAUUGAGAUCAGGUGAUAUAACCAGGUCAUGUUUUGGUCAGAAUAAAAAUGACAUAUCAAGAAAGAGACGAAGACGUUUGAGUGAUUCAGAAAUUGGCAGUAAAGGAAGGAGUAUUGGCGAGUUUGAAAGGUAUUCGAAAGGUGUGGGAAGUGUUGUGAUGAAGAGAUUCGGAUGGGAACCUGGUAAGGGGUUAGGUCGUGAUAAUAGUGGGCGUGUGGAGGCGAUUUGUGAGGAGUUGGGUUCGAGUCAGUUGAGUGGUGAUAGACGAGGGUUCGGUUAUUUCGGAGAGAAGUUGAAUAGGAAAUGUGGUGUUAUUUCAUCGACGUACGACAAACCAGAUGACAGUAAUGAUAAUGUAAAGAGGAGGAAUGAACCAUCUUAUAUGAAGUAUAACUCGUUUCAGUUCUCAUCAAAGCACAAAGCCACUGGUCUGUCCCAGUUGCAUGUUUUUGCACCCUUCCGAACCAAACAGUUGUUAUUUUAUGGUGGACAACCCUCAAGAAGAAGAAGGAGUGGUGAGUUGGGUGGUUGUAGUGGUAAAGUUGUUGAAGCAGGCUGCAUUGAACGCUUGCAUUUAAGUAAAUCGUAUGUUGAUGAAGUUUGA